CAGGAUCAAAACGGGAUUGCAGUCGGGAGCGACGUUACGAGUCUAGUAUCGAGAUGACGGUUGAUUAACUAAACUCUAGGCCCAACCUAUAUCAAUUUAAGCUAGAUGUCCGACGCAACAGACAAAGAAGUCGUUCCUCCGUCUAUGGAUAGUUCUGAGAAGCCUGCAGGGCUACCUAAGCCGAAGGAUGUGCAGAUCUCACAAGUUAACAAGCGCUCUGGGGCAUUCUCUUGGCCGUCAAGAUUCUUCUUGCGCGAAAACAUUUCAGUCAGCUGGGAAAACUCGCCCUUCAUUGCCGAGGACCUGAAAUCAACAACUGCAGAGCUUGAGGGCGACGAUGUAGGUUUCAUGCUCAGCACUGAAGAAAAUUGGGCCCCAGACCGAUACCGCAUCGACUGUAUCCUUGACAUAGUUCGGGAAGCGAACCUUAAGAAGCUUCGGGAAGGAGAUGAAGGUGCGCAGAGAGACAAGAUCGCACUGUUAAUCGACGGCAACAACUCUGGGGCCCGACCAAGUUUCCGAAAGUUUCUCGGCGGCUUAAACGCGCAGGAGUUGUAUGAAGAACUCAGGAAGCAGUGUCAAGGGCCUCUGAUCCAUACGGAUGGCAUCUACGCUACUACUAUGAGAUGUAUGGUCACUGGUUAUGAUCAAUGGCGUUGGACCGGAUUGGUUCUCGUGAAGACCUGGUUUGAUGAGAUCCUCGAUGACCCGUCGCCAGAUAUGAAAACCGGCUACGAAAACGAUUUUCAGGAUGGAAUGAUCUCAGAUCCUCUGUGGAGAAGAAAGGAUGAUGCGACUAGGACUGAGUGGUCUCCUCGGCCUUAUUUCAUUCGGGUUCUCGAAAUACGUAUUACCAGGCGGCACGAAGAUUUCAUGACACAUGCCCGGGUGCCAGCGAAAGAACCACAAGAAUUCCAUAAGAGACAGGGUCAGUUCCUGCGAGAGUUCGAUGAGUUUGAAAGGGGCUUCGGCGAACUCAAAGGCAUUCUGGAGGAGCUCGCGCAGGAUUUGAAAGAGACUGUCAGAAGCGGUGAAUUUUUUAUGAAUACGGACGUUCGCUAUUUUAUCAACUAUGAUGAGUCGGAAGACGAGUCUCUUUGUGUUCUACACUUGACACAAAUCCGUAACACAUUCAAUAUUCUCGAGCAACUAGGAAUGAGACUCAGAGAUAUGCAGCAAAAGUGUAGAGACCUGAUGGAUGAGGCUGUCUCGGCGCGAAAGAUUCCAAGUGAACCUCUUUGA